AUGACUAAAUUUAGAGGAUGUAUAGAUAUCCAUUCAGGACAAGUUAAACAAAUUGUUGGAGGUACAUUAACUGAAGAUGAUACAAUUUCAUCAACUACAACAAAAGAAAAUUUUGUUUCUAAUAAACCAUCAUCAUAUUAUUCUGAAUUAUAUAAAAAAAAUUCUAUAUUUGGAUGUCAUGUAAUUAAAUUAGGUUCAAAUUUAGAAAAUGAUAAAGUUGCUAAAUUAGCUCUUGAAACAUGGAAAGAAAAUUUACAAAUUGGAGGAGGAAUUAAUUAUGAUAAUGCAUUAGAAUGGUUAAAUAAUGGAGCUUCUCAUGUUAUUUUAACAAGUUGGUUAUUUAGUAAGAAUGAAAAAACUGAAAUUAUGGAAUUUGAUUUUGAAAAAUUGAAAAAAAUAAGUGAAUUAAUUGGUAAAAAUAAAUUAAUUGUUGAUUUAAGUUGUCGUACAAUUAUUAAAGAUGGUAAAACUUUUUGGUAUGUUGCUAUGAAUAAAUGGCAAACUAUAACCAAUAAUUAUCUUUCAAAAGAAUUUUUAGAAAAAGUUGGUGAAUAUUGUGAUGAAUUUUUAAUUCAUGCUGCUGAUGUUGAAGGUUUAUGUAAAGGAAUUGAUGAAGAAUUAAUUAAAAAAUUAUCAGAUUGGUGUCCUGUUGGAUUUGAAGGUAAAAUUGUUUAUGCUGGUGGUGCUAAACUGAUUGAUGAUUUAAAUAUUGUUAAAAGAUUAAGUAAUGGUAAAAUUGAUUUAACUUAUGGUAGUUCAUUGGAUAUAUUUGGUGGUGAUUUGGUUAAAUUCCAAGAUCUAGUCGACUGGAAUAAACAACAAUAA